UACAUAAAGGAGGAGAAUUGCAUCAUUUCUGUUCUAUAACCUCCCAAUGUUUCAGAACACCCUUCUCCUUGCAGCAGGGUUCGCUGUUUUUCUUGCAACCCUGUUCCAUUCAAGUUGCAGCUUGAAAGUCCAUAAUUUACCUGACAACAUGGAUGUUGAAACCAUACCUUACAAUUGUACUCACCAUUCUUCUUGUGGCAAUAUCAGCAACAUCAAAUACCCUUUUCGAUUGAAGGGAGACCCACCAAACUGCGGUGACCCAAACUACGAACUCUCUUGCGAAAACAAUCAAACUAUACUCAGCUCCAAUUCUGAACAAUACGUGGUAAAGGCUAUCAACUACAACAGCUACACAAUCCGGAUUGCCGAUUUUGGAGUCCAUGAUGGGAUUUGCUCCUCCAGACCGAUCAAUUCCUUCUCAGACUUCUACAAAAAUGCUUGUGGGGGAGGAGUUGAUUGCAGCUAUCCGCUGUAUCAGUUCCCCAUAGUGUACGGUUUGGUUUAUGUAAGCUGUGAAACUCCAAUGAAAUCUCGAAAUUAUGUGGACCUUUCUCCCUGUAUCGUCGAAACCAAAUCCACCAACAACAGAAGAUACCAUUAUGUUCUGGUUGGUGAUGUUUCUUAUGCAGAGUUGAAUGACUCAUGUACAAUUGAUUUCAUUACCGUCACAUCAUUUGAUCGCAAGAGGAACUUUUCCUACAUGGACAUCCAUGAGAAGCUUGUUUACGGUAUCGAACUUCCGUGGAUUGAAACUGGGUGUUCAGUUUGCAGAGGAGAAGGUUUUUGUUGUUUCGAGAACGAUACCGUUAUCCAUAGCUGCAACGGCAACAAAUACUGCACCAACCCAUCAUUUCAUUGCGGCUUCCAUUGCGUGCUCUUUUGGGUUCUCAGACGAGCUUAUUGGUUUGUGACCACAAUGCGUGGUGAGUUUUCAUUAAAUUAUGUUCAGAAUUUACUCUUAGAAUGUAGUUUUACCUUGGAGAUUAGGUUGCAAACCUACAAGAACUUGGUAUCUAAGGAAUGGAUUUUCUCAUUCAACCAAUUUAAUUACUCUUCCUGGUUUUGUAUUGCAGUACCAUUAAUUGGUAUAUCAGCUUUUCUUGUGGCAAGGCUAUUAUUUGGAUUUAUCUGUCUCUUCACAAUUGUGUUUUGUAAAUGGCGCAAGAGGCAUUUAUCAAUGGAUGAUUCUCUUGAAAAGUUUCUACAAGCUCAAAAUAAUCUAAUGCCAAUAAGGUACUCUUACUCGGACAUUAAGAAGAUGAGCAGAGGUUUCCAUGAAAAGUUGGGAGAAGGUGGUUAUGGUUCUGUGCAUAAAGGAAAACUUAGAAGCGGCCAGCUCGUAGCAAUCAAAAUGCUUGGAAAAUCAAAUGCUAAUGGACAAGACUUUAUCAAUGAAGUGGCAACAAUUGGGAGGAUUCACCAUUUCAAUGUGGUGCGACUUGUUGGUUUCUGUGCAGAGGGACCAAAGCGUGCUCUUGUGUACGACUUCAUGCCCAAAGGCUCUCUUGACAAAUACAUUUUCGCUCGAGAAGGAUGUACCCCCUUAAGUUGGAACAAAAUGUAUGAGAUUUCUCUUGGGGUGGCAAGAGGGAUCGAAUAUCUUCAUCGGGGUUGUAGUAUGCAAAUCCUACACUUUGAUAUUAAGCCUCACAAUAUCCUUCUUGAUGACAAAUUUGUUCCAAAGAUAUCUGAUUUCGGACUAGCUAAAUUAUACCCAGCAGGCCAUAGCAUUGUGUCCAUCACUGCUGCACGAGGAACACUAGGAUACAUAGCCCCAGAACUUAUCUACAAAAGGAUUGGAAGUGUUUCAUACAAAGCUGACGUGUAUAGUUUUGGGAUGUUAUUAUUGGAAAUGACAGGAAAAAGGAAGAAACUGAAUGCAACAACAGAUGAUAACUCAAGCAACCUGUACUUUCCUUUGUGGGUUUAUCGUGAAAUCGUUGAGGAGAAUGUCUCAGAAAUGGAGGAGGAGGGAAAUAUUGCUAAGAAGAUGAUAAUAGUUGGAUUAUGGUGCAUACAAAUGAGGCCUGCCAACCGUCCCUCGAUGAGAAAAGUGAUUGAAAUGCUUGAAGCAGAAACAAAAAAUCUGGAACUGCCUCCUAAACCCACUUUCAAUAUUGAAGAAGAAGUAGCAGCAGACAACGAAGAAGCUACAAACCAAGCGUCGUCAUCGUCGUUUACAUCAAUUGGAAUUUCAGAAUCUGUCAGAUUAGUUCCUAAUACAAAUUGAGUAAUAUAUCUUUUGAAGUAGUUUGGUUUCUUUGAGCUGUAUCUCUCUUUUUACUGUUUUUCAUUUUGCCUGGUAAUUGUAUGAAAGGAUGAUCGUUUGUGGUUAUAAAAUUGCUACUUUAACCA